CGUCUUUAUGCAUGCUCAGUAAUCCAGAUUUACAAAUGACAUUUUCAUCCAUUAGACCCUGCCACACACAACUACCUGUGUGUUCCUUGGAGGAUGCAAUGCUGGACAGGACAGUAUAAGUGUAGCGAACUCGAGAGGCCGUGCAACCACAGGAACUGCCGCGGCCGGGAGGCGAACCCGUAUCGCCCGUACCGCAGGAGACGUCGCUAACCGCUCGACUAAAGGGUCGGAUCCGCCAACCAGCUAGAUGCCAGCAUUUCUACUUAAGGUUAAGACCCGACUAACCGGAGCAACAGGGGAAUGUAAUCUGGCAAGACAUAAUAGCGCAUAGGGGUACUGGAGGGCCAAACUGAGAGCCACUGGUGCAAAGGCUCUAAAUCCGGGGUGGGGAUCAGAGUCCUUAGCACACUGAUGAUUGAGCACUAUCAGGUGUGUAACUCAGGCAUCUGCACAGAAUCGGGUCCCUUGAAACGACUGGUCGCUCGGGUCCCUCGCAACCGGGCGUGGCUCCGAGUCAGGGUUUUGGCUCAGGCUUGAGUUUGUGACCAUGUCUCCGGUGGGAGAUCUUUUUCAGCUGCCCAUCACUGCUGCGUUGCUGGGGGCUGUUCUGUUGCUCCUGGUGGUCGUCUGCCUAACCUCCGGCUGGCUGCCGCAGCGCGGAGAGGAGCCCCCGGGACCCAGACCCCUGCCCCUUCUCGGCAAUCUACUGCAGCUGGACCUCGACAGACCCUACAACACCCUGUGUGACCUCGCCAAAAGAUAUGGGUCAGUGUUCACAGUUCACCUGGGGCCCAAGAAAGUGGUGGUCCUGGCAGGAUACCGGACAGUCAGACAGGCUCUAGUCAGCCAUGCAGAAGAGUUUGGCAACAGACAAAUCUCUCCAGUAUUCCACGAUUUCUGCCAAGGACAUGGCAUAAUAUUUUCUAACGGGGACUCGUGGAAAGAGAUGAGGCGUUUCGCCCUGUCUACCCUGAGAGACUUUGGGAUGGGCAAAAAGAGUAUCCAGAGCAAAAUAAUCGAAGAGUGUCACCAUCUGAUUGAUGAAUUUGAAAAACAUGAAGGUAAAGCUUUCGACACCACCCAGGCGGUGACUUAUGCAGCUUCCAACAUAAUUUCAGCCAUUAUGUAUGGAGACAGAUUUGAGUACAGUGACCCUGUGUUCCGAGCAAUGGUGGUCAGAGACAAUGAAACCAUACAUCUCACAGGAUCCAAUGCCAUCCAGCUGUACAACGCAUUUCCUUUUCUGCGCCCUUGGCUAAAAACCUGGAGGGAACUGAUGAGAAACGUAGAGGACAACAAGGAGGAGACAAAGAGCUUAAUAGUGAGUCUGAAGGAGAGUCUAAACCCUGAGAUAUCAAGAUGCUUUGUCGAUUCAUUCUUGUUCCGGAAGAAGAGUCUCGAGGCAUCUGGAAUCACAGAUUCCCACUACCAUGAUGAGAACCUGGUACACAGUGUGAUGAACCUGUUUGCAGCUGGAACCGAUACAAUGGGAAAUACAAUUAGAUGGGGUCUACUGCUUAUGGCCAAGUACCCUUAUAUUCAAGAUCAGGUCCAGGAGGAGCUGAGCAGGGUUAUAGGAAGUCGUCAGGUUGUGGCAGAGGACAGGAAGAACCUGCCCUUUACUGAUGCUGUCAUCCAUGAGACUCAGAGACUGGCCAACAUUGUCCCCAUGUCUAUUCCUCACAUCACCAGCCGGGAUGUCACCUUCCAGGGAUACUUCAUCAAAAAGGGUACCACUAUAUUUCCUCUGCUUAGCUCGGUCCUGUGUGAUGAGACUGAAUGGGAACAACCCAACACAUUCAACCCUGCCCACUUUCUGGACAAGGAGGGCCGCAGAGUGUGCCUGGGGGAGAGUCUGGCCAGGAUGGAACUCUUCCUCUUCUUCACCUCCCUCCUGCAGCGCUUUCGUUUCCGCCCUCCACUUGGGGUGACGGAAGAGGAACUGGAUCUGACUCCUUAUGUGGGCUUAACCCUCGCCCCAAAACCUCACCAGCUGUGUGCUGUCAGUUGUCCGUGACGAAAAGGACUAGAAGGUUCAGUCACGAGUGUCUUGAGUGUUUGUUUUGGGACAUGCAUGCCAAUCCUACUGCGGCACAAAUUAGUGGGCUUAAUGGGUUGAUGGUCCUGUUACGGCAGUGGCCUUACUAAAACAAAUAAUCUUAAAUAUUUGCCUUCUUUGUAAUGAGAAGAUGGCCAAACACAUCUGGAUAGAAAAAAGUGUAUCUUAAAAAAGUCCGUAAAAAUAGGUUAACAUUGACAUGCUAAAAAAGGACGUUCAACAUGGCUUCUUUGUGAUUGCUGGCUUAGUGAUUCCUAACAUUGGCUGUCGGUCUCAUGAAGGUUAUGAAGUUUCCUUCAAGGGCGGUGGUGCAGUGGUUAGCACUGUCGCCUCACACAAGAAGGUUCUAGCUUCCAAUUCCCGGCUGGCCGGCCUUUCUGUGUGGGGUUUGCAUGUUCUCCCCAAGUCCGUGUGGGUUUCUGCCAGGAGCUACGGUUUCCUCCCACAGUCCAAAGACAUUCAAGUCGGGUGAAUCGGAGAUAAUAAAUUGCCCCUAGGUCUGAAUGUGUUUCUGCCUUGCGAUGGACCAGCGACCUGUCCAGGGUGUUCCCCCGCCUUCAGUCCAAGGAGCUGGGAUAGGCUUCAGCAUCUUGCAACCCUAAUUAGGGGAAGCGGCUUGGAAAACGGAUGAAUGAAUGGAAAAAAAAGUUUUCCUUGACUAUUCAGUUUUCCAUUGAAGCAAUGACUAUAUUCACAAAAAUAGGACAACAGUCACAGUCUUGCAGGAACAAGUUAUCAAAAAGUGGACACAAAAAUAUGAAAGCUAAGGUGAACCUUUUUGUGCUGCCGACUCUAGAGGGGAGUGAACCUCAAGCGAAAAUGAGAAAACUGUAGCGUGAAUCUAGAGUGCUAUGAAAAAGUAUUUGCCCCCUCCCUGAUUUUCCCUAUUCUUGCAUAUUUGCCUCACUGAAUGGUUUCAGAUCUUCUUACAAAAUGUAAUAUAAGAUGAGGAGAACCUGAGUAAACACAAAAUACAGUUUUUGAUGAUAAUUUACUGAAGGAAAAAAGUUAUCCAACACCCUUAUCACCCAUGUGAAAAAUUAAUUGCCCCCCUGAGCUUAACAAGUGGUUUUGCCACCUUCAUCAGCAACAGCUGCAACCAAACACUUGCUGUGAUCAGAGAUCAGUCUUUCACAUCGCUGUGGAGGAAUUUUGGCCCAGUCGUCUUUGCAGAAUUGCUGUAAUUCAGCGACAUUGGAGGGUUUUCUAACAUGAAUUGCUAAUUUUUUAAUGAUAUAUUUAUUGGUUUUCAGUUUGCAAAUCACAUCAGAUUAUACAGUGAAUGACAAUUAUAAAACACAGCAAAAAUGUUCCACCCUGUUCUCCCUCCCAUAACUCAUUCUUAUCAAUGGAAUACAGACAUAAAAGAAAGAAAAAAAAUAUAUACAAAAUUUAAAUAAAAUGUAAAUAGAUAAAUAAAUAAAGGUUGUUCUUAGAUCAAUGUACAAGAUCUUGAUGGUACCCUACUCCUUCAGAGCUUGUUCCUGCUGAAGCAGGUUACCAAUAUUAACAUAAUGCCUCAAGAGGGUCUCCAGAUAGCAUCACAAAUAUUUUGUUCAUGUCUCACAAUAUAUGUUUUCCAUUGACAUGUUUGAAGCCAUUUCUUUAAUCCACAUUCCAAUUCUUGACCCAUUAACAUUUUUCCAAUUAAGAGCAAUUAUACGUUGAGCUUGUAAUAGA